UUCAACGGGCGCUUAUUGCUAACAUCAAUCCUUUUUUGCAGUUAUUUUUUGGUGUAUGCUCAGAAGAGUGGGCCAGCAAUGCAUUUUUCUUUUGAUAAAUGUUAUGAUAGCAAAAGUAAUACACGUUAAUUUUCCAAUGAAUAUUCUUCCGUUUGCAAUUACCGUGAGAGGAUUCUUAUGAUGUUACUGAAUAUUAUAGAGAUGGCAAAAAGCACACAGUAUACCGACUUUAUUGGACUAGAAUCUGCCGGUGCAUUAAGCGAAGCGGUGACAACAACAUUCUGUCAGUGUCCUGCAUCAUUGCAAUGGACUAUAACAAGUCAUAAAGCAGUUAAAGCACCCGCAGAGACAGCUUGGUCAUUGGCACCGUUUUGUUAUACACCAAACAAUCAGCCAUGUUUAUGUCUCAGAUAUAGAAAUAUGGAGGAGUGUGGUGCUGGCAAGAUUAAAACAACUCCAGCAACUCUUGAUUCUAUGAAGCCCUCCAAACGGCGCGGGGAAGCAAGUUUAUCAAUCAGUAAAAAUUUGAAGUUUGGAAUCGAGAGAAUCUUGAACCAAAGUUGCAGUUCAGACUUAAAGGAUGACAGGAAGGAACAAAAAACCAAAAAUGUGGAUAAAUCGACAACUUCGUCAAAAAGUAGACGAAAAAAUGGCACUCGCUCGGUAUUUUCUCAUGUUCAACGAAACAUUUUGGAGUUGCACUAUCAACAACGAGAAUACGUGACAAAGGGGGAGCGCUAUCAUAUCGCUAUGGCAACAGGAAUCAGCGAAGAACAGGUCAAAAUUUGGUUCCAAAACAGAAGAACAAAGAAGAAGAAAAUGGAAAGAAACAAAAUGGCGACAACAGAGACAGGGGGGAACAGAUUAGAAAUAGAACAUUGUGGUAUAAAUUAUUAAAGAUAUCAUCGAUUUUUCUUACUUAUAGAUACAUUAAUAUGUAUUUUAUUAUAUAUCGUAAACUUCCGUAUACAAACCCUGGUCUUAUAUAGGUUCGUAAGGGUUUUUUUGAUGGGCUUAUACAAGCAUUGGCGUACGGGCGCAAAAAAAUCGCCCGAAUUUUUGAAUUAUACAAUGUGCCCGAAUUAUAACUUUUACCGCAAAGCGGCGGAUGUGGCCGAAUUUUUGGCUGAACUUUGCCCGAAUUUCUCGAAAUUUUUGGGGGGCACUCACGCCUAUGUAUAC